AUGAGUGACGACUUCGCCGCCGUCAUCCCCCCCGCCGGGGCCAUCACCCUCGCGGUGGUGUGCGCUAUAGGCAGUGCCAUGUUCUCUGGUUUGACGCUAGGUUUGUUGACUCUCGACAUUGUUCAGUUGAAACUGUUGAUUAACCGCCCAAACAAAACGCCGGAAGAUGAGAGGAAUGCCAAGUACGCCCGAAAAAUCCUCCCCCUGCGGUCGGACGGGAACUACCUCCUCGUCACGCUCCUCACAGGCAACGUCGCUGUCAAUGCUGGCUUCUCCAUUCUCUUGGGCGAUCUAACCGACGGUCUUGUCGGAUUUCUGAUUUCCACUGUGGUCAUCACGAUUUUCGGAGAAAUUCUUCCGCAAGCUGCCUGCGCGCGCCACGGCCUCGUCGUUGGGGGCGUUUUGGCGCCUCUCGUCUACGCGUUGGAGUGGCUCCUCUUCCCCGUGGUCAAGCCGAUCGCGAUGAUCCUCAAUUGCGUCCUCGGAGAGGACUUAGGCACGAUUUAUGACAAGAAGCAGCUGAGCGCGCUCGUUGACUACCACGACAAUGUCGUCCACGUCCUGACACGGGAUGAAGCUCGCAUCCUCAAGGGCGGUCUCGAGUUUGCGUUCACUCGCGCCGAGGAAGUGAUGACUCCCAUGGACGAGGUUUACGGGAUCGACGUCGACAGCAAGUUGAACUACGACGUUCUCUCGGAAGUUUUGUCUAGCGGCUACAGCCGCAUCCCAGUGUUCGACCGCAGCGGGCCGCAGUGCAUCGUCGGGUUGCUUUUUGUGAAGGACUUGAUUCUCGUCGACUGCCACGCAGAGGUCGAGGUACGAAAGCUGUUGCAAUUCUUUGGACGCGGUCUCUACGCGGUUGACGACGACACACCACUCCUCGAGCUCCUCAAGACGUUCAAGCAGGGUCACACCCACCUGGCGGUGGUGCGUCGCGUCUCAGACGACGGCGACGGCGAUCCGUUCUACAUUCACGCGGGAAUCAUCACUUUGGAAGAUGUGAUGGAAGAGAUUUUGCAGGACGAGAUCAAUGACGAGUUCGAGCACGACAAGACGCAGAGUCACCGGCGCCGAAAGCACCAGAAACUCGCCUCGUCUAGCGCGCAGGCGUCCGUGACGUACUUCACACAGGCGAGGUCUCUCGCGCCGCGCUUCUCUGUUUCCUCGACCGUCUGGGAGGCCCCCGGCGAAGAACAGUCGGACGACGCGAAGGAGACGAAACGCACCCGAAGAGAGAGGAAGAAGGAGAGACCGAACGGCGACAAAAAGCGAUUUCGUUUGUGGAACCGCGGCCGACGGUCGAGCACAGGCAGCAGCAAUGCGCCGCUGACGACUGCGUGCGAGAAGGACGUGGGCGAGGCGAGCAACGGGGAGGCGGAGCGCGAGCAGAGACGCGAUCCGGAGGAUCUUGGAGGCGAGAGCAGAGCCUCCAGUUCUUUCGCGGCCUCGGGCUCCUACGGAUUGGAGCCUCAGACAUGUCCCGACCCUGCACAGGCUCUUCUCUCGGCUGCUUCGCUUCUGGGGCUUUCCAGCCUCGAGGCGAGUCCAGACUCCGCCGGCGAUCCAGCAGGCGGCAGCCCAGCAGCGAGGACGCGGCGACAGAAGCUGGAAGGCGACGCUGGCCUGGAUCGGGGCCUCCUCGACAGCACGCCGCGCGGGUCGGUGCGCGGCGAAGACUCCCGCGGCUCUGGGCCCUACCAGCAGGCCAGUGGACCCGACGCUUCGCCGGCAAAGGGAGGCGCGACUCUGGAGAUGGUGCGGGUGUCGCCGGCGCAUGCAGUUCACACCUCGAGAGACGACUCCCCAAAAGCCGAGGACAGCCGGAGAGAAGACGGCCUGGGCCACCCUGCUCUGUUUCCAUGGUGGGGGUGGAGCGCCGACGCGACAGGCCACGCCUCCAAACUGCGCAUGCGAGGGAAACUGCGGAUGUUCUUCGACAGCCACCGCCGGAGCCGACUGGCAGAGCCUCUCACGGAGUCCGAAGCUCGCGUCAUUGCGUCUUUCCUUUCCUCGUCGAUUCCCGCCUUCUCGCCGCAAAUCAUCAACGAGCGGCUGCUGAUCUCUCUUCUCUCCUGCUUCUUCUGCAUUCAACCGCCGCCAGCGUCGCUGCUCUGGCGCUCUGCCCUCCACCCUGAACUCCUCAAGCACAAACAAUCCGCCAAACGCGAGCAUCCGCAAGCUUCGACGUUCGAGCCUUUCGCUGUUGUUGUCUUAUAUGGUCGCGUUCGCCUGUACGUGGGAAACGAAGGCAUUCCAUGUACUGCGGGGCCGCUGUCGUGUCUGGCUGUGAAGGUUCUCGGGAACCCUGCGCCUGUGCUUCUCGGCCAGGUUGGUUCCCACAAGACUGCCCACACCACGCCCCAGCCUCCGUCUUCCUCUUCUUCCUCGUCUUCGCGUGGUCCUCCGCAGUUCAGGGAGAACCCAGUGCACAUGCUGGAAUCACCUUCUCUCUGUGUGUCUUCUUCCGCGUCUCUGCCCUCCUCACCUUCUUCGCGAUCUGACGCGAGAGGCGGCUUUGUGUCGCCUUUUCUUGCAAGCGAAGGCCACCCCUCUCCUGACCACGUUGCUGCUCCGCUAAGUCGCCCUCCCCUGACUGGAACCUCGCAGCUGCUGUCUCGCCGAUCCUCUGCGCCUCGCCCCUGCCCGCGUCCUGCACUUCCGCCUCCCUCUUCGCAUCCGUCGCCGGCCGUGGGCAUUCCUGCCUCACCCCGCCACCCUCCCUCUUUGCCUGUCUCCUCUGUCCCUUCCACUCAACGCCGGCUUUCCUCGCCUGUUCUCUGGGGAGCGGAGACCUGCCAGCACUCGCCUGUGUCACCCUCCUGUCGCCACGCGCCUGCGUCUGCCUCGUGUCGCGCCAAGAAGGCGCCCACAUCUCCCACGCGGUUGCCGCCCCGUCGACGCGGCGCUGCUUGUACCCGUGACGGACCGCUUGACGUCUCGUUGUCUUUCGAGGAAACGACAGGUGGACUGCGUUUUUUCCCUCGGUGGACGCGACGGUGUCAAAGUGCAGGGGACUUGUACCGGACCUCACCGAUGACGCAGGUGUCUCCGUGCCCAUCGACGGCGGGCGAAGAGAGGCUCGACGGCGAAGGGAGACAACCCAACCAGCCCGACGUGGGCGCACAGGCAGCCUCAGCGUGCGGACUCAGACGCGAGAAAGAAGCCCGUCACGAAGACGGCGAAGAAGAACGCGAGGUGUCUCCCCGCGUCUGUCGGCGACUCUCGCCGGGUGUACCCACCUCCCCGACACCGUCAGCGUCGCGUGACCAGUUUUUGCGGAGUCACGUUUCUUCCCGUGAAUCUGUCGCGUCGGUUUCUUCGCCGUCUCUCCGUUCAUGUUCCGGCGGCUCGUCCCAUUUCGGGGAGGCAACUCCAUGCUGUCCCGGAGGAAGCGAGAGGGCGGAUGCGGGCGCAGUCGAUCUCGACCUGGACGCCGACGAGGCCGCGACUGGACUUGUGGCGUCGCGAGCUCCGAAUGGAGCCUGGCGAGACCGGGAGACGGCGGAGAUUCGCGGGGCGAGUCGCGGCGAGAGCAGCUGGCAUCGGCUUCACUCUCUUGAGAGCGGCGAGGAAGAUGUGGAACUUCCGAGACAGCCGUCGACAGGCGGCUCUCCCGUGAUGCUGGAGGAGGUGUGCGUGUGUGGGGUGUCUCUGCCCUGGUCGUCUCCUUCCUCAAGAGGCCCGGGGACAGAGUGGAGAGGUGCUCGCGACGAGGGCCUUUGUCUCGGCUUGUCUCGGGCGCAGAACCAAGCUGACAGUGGAUCUGGAUCUCCCACAGAGCAGCGCGAUGAGGGCGAAGGCGAGAGCCCCGAGUCGCAGCGCGACAGACGGGGCCUGGCGAGCGAGAAGGCCUUGCCGUUUCCGGGAUUUGGGUCUCAGAAACUCUCUAGCAAAGGCUUUUUUCGUAGGGACACGACGGGAACGAGUGCGUCAGAAAUGAGUCACUUGCUUCGCUUUGAACGGCCGCAUGCAGACUGGGCAGCAAGGGAUUCGGGCGCCGCAUCCCGCCGCGGAAGGGACGGCGAGAGGCCGGAGGAACCCGCUGGUCGCGUGUGGAGCACACAUCGCCACGACCACCCGGCGACGGAAGCUCAACAAACUCUGGAAGAGCAGUUGCAGAUUCAGGAGACGCGUCUGAGACAGGUGUCGCAGGAGCUACAAGAGAAGACGGGGCUGUGGAGGGACGUGUGUGAGCGACAGCACAAAGGCCGAGAAGGGCGCACCAAGGGCGAAACAGACCCACCGGAGAGGGACACGGAAAGAAGAGCCGAGGCCAAGCCGGGGACCGGGCGACGAGACGGGCAACGAAGAGCCGCGGGAGACGCGGAACAUGUGAAGGGGGCGAAGGAGAAGGGCCAAGAAGGCGGCGAGAACGUGAGUCAGGUCGCGCGAAGCCGCGAGGCACUCCGCCGCGAAAUCGACGCAUGGGUGCAUAGCUUGCAAGACCCGGACGUCGAAAGGCAGGAACGGCACGGAAACGAAGGAACGAGGUCAGACACCUCGAACGCGCGCUCAGCUGAAGUGUACACCCCUGAUUACACAGCCGUCACAGAGGGCGCAUGCGGCCUCCUCGUUUUCCCACGCUGGUUCUACAUCGCAGCUGUCAAAGCGUCUCUGGAACUGGAGCGCCAACUCAGUUCGUAA